AUGGUGACUAGAAAUGGCGUCCUGGGCUCUUGUCAGCCCAUUCUCACUAGAUCUCACACGGGGGAUAAGCCGUAUUCCUGUCCUGAGUGUGGGAAAUGUUUUUCAGAUAAGUCCCAUCUUUCCACACAUCAGAGAUCUCACACGGGGGAUAAGCCGUAUUCUUGUCCUGAGUGUGGAAAAUGUUUUUCAGAGAAGUCUAAGCUUUACACACAUCAGAGAUCUCACACGGGGGAGAAGCCGUAUUCCUGUCCUGAGUGCGGGAAAUGUUUUUCAGAUAAGUCCAAUCUUUCCACACAUCGGAGAUUUCACACAGGGGAGAAGCCGUAUUCCUGUCCUGAGUGCGGGAAAUGUUUUUCAGUGAAGUCCAAUCUUUCCACACAUCAGAGAACUCACACGGGGGAGAAGCCGUAUUCCUGUCCUGAGUGUGGGAAAUGUUUUUCACAGAAGUCCGAUGUUUCCACACAUCAGAGAUCUCACACGGGGGAGAAGCCGUAUUCCUGUCCUGAGUGCGGGAAAUGUUUUUCAGUGAAGUCCAAUCUUUCCACACAUCAGAGAUCUCACACGGGGGAGAAGCCGUUUUCCUGUACUGAGUGUGGGAAGUGUUUCCCUUCUAAAUACAAUCUUAAUGUGCAUAUAAGAUCUCACACAGGGGAGAAGCCGUAUUCCUGUCAUGAGUGUGGGAAAUGUUUUUCAGAUAAGUUCAUUCUUUCAAAACAUCAGAGAUCUCACACAGGGGAGAAGCCGUAUUCCUGUCCUGAGUGUGGGAAAUGUUUUUCAGAUAAGUUCAUUCUUUCAAAACAUCAGAGAUCUCACACAGGGGAGAAGCCGUAUUCCUGUCCUGAGUGUGGGAAAUGUUUUUCAGAUAAGUCCAAUCUUUCUACACAUCAGAGAUCUCACACGGGGGAGAAGCCGUAUAACUGCCCUGAGUGCGGGAGUUGUUUUAUCGAGAAGUCCAGUCUUUCCAUACAUCAGAGAUCUCACACGGGGGAGAAGCCGUAUUCCUGUCCUGAGUGCGGGAAAUGUUUUUCAGUGAAGUCCAAUCUUUCCAGACAUCAGAGAUCUCACACGGGGGAGAAGCCGUAUUCCUGUCCUGAGUGCGGGAAAUGCUUUUCAGGGAAGUUCAUUCUUUCCAGACAUCAGAGAUCUCACACUGGAGAGAAGCCGUAUUCCUGUCCUGAGUGCCGGAAAUGUUUUUCACAGAAGUCCCAUCUUUACACACAUCAGAGAUCUCACACGGUGGAGAAGCCACAUUCCUGUACUGAGUGAGGGAAAUGCUCCUCACUGAAGUCCUGUCUCCCUGUAUAUCAGGGUGCCGGAAAUGUCUUGUAUAUGAAUGUUGCUGGACAUCACAGCUCUCAUGUGGGGAAGAAGCACACCCUGAUAUACACCUC